AUCUGGAUCAUAUGUCUUUGGAAAAGGAGCGUCUAGAUUUUGAAAGAGAAAAAAUUGCGGAGCGUGAACGACGACUUAUUGAAGAUGAGCGCAGAAUUCUACAGGAAAAACAGCGCUUAGCAGCUGAAAAGGAAAUGAUGGCACAAGAAGCCGAACAGAGAUCAGUGGGUAGCAGUUACACGACAAGGCAGAAUGAGACAUCACGUCAGCCAUCACCAGCCAUAUCACGACGGCCGCUUUAUCAGUCUCAGUUUAACGACAAUGAACAGCAGCAUAUAACUCCGUCAUUUGGACCGAUUUUGCAAGAGCAGAGUCCACGGCAACGAGCUUUUCUAGAUGAUAUUAUAGCUCGUCAUGCCAAACUCGUACAAGUUACACAUACUCGAGUUGCACAAAAUCCGAAGGAAUUAACUGUCAGUCAGGGUGAAUUUCUUGAGGUCUUAAACGAUAAUAAAAAUUGGUGGGAAUGCACAAAUGUUCAUCACCGUAUUGGUUAUGUCCCACAUACCAUACUGUCUGUUGUAAGCGUGGAUCGUAGUUCUCCUCAGUCGUUACCACCUCAGGACCCGACGCUUCAUGUGGAUCGCAUGUCAUCGCAGGGAAAUGCGAUAUCGCAUCGUGGAGCAUCUUUAUCAUUAAGUCCUCGUCCGGGUGUUAUGAGUGACGAUGCACCGGAAUACAUCAAACAACGACAAGGCAAACGAGGAGAAUUCAGAUACUUCUAG